AUCGUUCCCUGCGGUAAGAGUACUGUAUUCUAUUGCAGUGCCCUGCCCUGCCCUCGGCUGCAAUCUGUAUCUGAACGAGGAGAAAUAUUGAUACUGCAGAGAUAGAAUACCGCGGCGCGGGUCGAUUGAUUGCCUCAGUGGAAAUCAUGUCGGAGGAGGAUCAAAGUUGCCCGAUCUGUCUAGAGCACAUCUUUCUGGAUCCGUCGUCGGAAAACGAUGGCGCUAACGGCAACACCAAGUACAACAUUGGGGCUACAGUUCCAUGUGGGCAUCUCUUCCAUUACGACUGCUUUGACUCGUGGCGGGCUUCGCAGAUGCAUCGUGAAGAGGUGAAAUGCCCGACGUGCAAGUGAGUUUGCAAUGCGUUGUGUUGUGUUGCGUUGCGUCGCCUCUCGUUCGAAGCUUCUUGCUGGUUUUCGGAAUGCAACAAACGAAAUUCAUCGAAUUUUCUGUAGUCUCAUCAUCCGUGGUCGCCGCUUCUCAUUUUUCGUGUUGGUCUUUGCUGGGUUCUAAAUUUUAAGCGUUUAUACCAAGGAUUUCGUCCGUCUUUAUUUGGACAUUGGAUCACUGGGUGGAGCUCAUUGUAACCUUGCAGGAGACGACGAUAUCAGCUUGUCUUCCAUCGAGGACGAGGACAUCGGCGACGACGAUGGCAACUCCGACAACGGUGAUAAUGCAGAAGAAGAAAUGAAAACAAAUGCCUCCAACAGCCUCAAAAGCGACAACGUCGUAGAUCUCACAGCAGAACCACUCCCUCGACGCACACCAAGUGCUAAACAAUCGCAAUGUCCUUCCGGGCCAUGUUGUCCCAGCCUCGACCAGGAAGCAGAAGACAAGAUCUUGAAAUUGUCGCGACUAGCAAAAAAGUUCAAACGGCAGUGCCUCCAAAAAACUGCCAAAUACAAAGAACAGUAUGCCGAAAAACAAAAAGUAGCCGAACGAGUCCGGCGUGUGGAAAGUGAACUGAAGGUCGCCAAAGCACAAAAUGAAACUCUGGAUCAAGAUCGAAGAAGAAACGAACUGCAAGCGAACGACCGGCUGUUGAACCUUCUACGGGUACAAAGAAACUACGACAGCUUGACGAAGCAAUAUAAGGAUCUAGCGGUGGAAAAACACACCGUCGAGAACCAGCUCCACAGUUGCAGGUCACGCUACGAAAAAGAACUAGAGGAAGUUCGUGCCAAGACCAUGUCGGAAGUCAGGCAAAUUCUAGACGAUCACCCGAAAGUAGUAGAAGAAAACCGGAUAUUGAAACAGAGACUCCAAAAAUUGAACCAGAGGCUUCCUAUAAGCGGCAGCAGAAAAUCUAAGUCAAAGGAUAUUACCAAAGCGCUUCGGCAAAUGGAUCAACAAAUCCGCAAUCGCCCGAACGGGCUCUCCUCAUCGUCGUCGGCAUCGUCGAUGGCAAUGACAACUCAGCUAGGAGUGCCAAUUGAUACUAAAACAUUGCGAAGGAAACCAGCACCAACGAUGCGGCUGGGAGACGAUGGAACAGUGGGAAGAAGGAUAGAGAAAAAAAYUGAUCCAGCCGGCAAACCCAAGAAAAUGGAGGUCAAACUAAUCAGGGGGCAAUAUUCGAGUCUAGCAUCCCGAAUCGUGAAAGAGUCAUCGUCGGCAUUGGCGUCCCAAAAACCCAAGAGGCAGCGGCAGAGUGCUGCUGUCAGGGACAUUCUUUCCAGUCCCGCGUCGAAGAGCAUCGAAAGUAAGAAACGAUCAUCGUUGACAUCACUGGGCAUAUCGCAGAACAAACGAAUAAAGCAGUUUGGUGGGUUCAGAAAAGAUUUCUUCGAAAGGAAACGUUGAUCAAUUUCACGACCGUAUGGAAAUACGAGACCAUAUUACCUCUGUAGAGUAGCUAUUCUCUGAGUAUCCAUGACCACUCGCAAAAGCAUAACGAUAGAUUGUGGUAUGAAGAACACAUAAAUUUUUGUCUUAUAU